CCGAUAAAAGCUGUUGUAAUUAUCAUUGUCUUGCAUAGUGUUAUUAGGAUAUACAAGUGGUAUAAAUAAGGCUGGCGCCACCCUAUCUGAGCAGACGAUGAAGACCAAUGUAGUUAUUCCUCCAUUCAUUCUUGUGCAUAUUUUGCUACUUAAGGCAGUAGAGUGCCGAUCUCUGCUGUCUGUAGACCCGCCCCGAGGUUCGGAGCAACUGGCGAGGACACGGCGUGACGAUGUCGACGAUGAUUACGAGGAGUACGACGAUGUGAGCUAUAUGGAUAUCAUGUCAACACCGUUAAGUGCAGACGAUAUGCAUCAGUUUAUUUUACCAGCUAGCUUACCAUUGUCACAGGAAACAGAGGAAUCAAUCCAGCUCCCGGAUCAGUCCAACCAAGCUCCGGAAUAUAUGAUGGAGUUGUAUAAACAAUACUCAUCCAAGCGACUGGCCAGUCCAGAAUCGUCUAUAGUCCGGAGCUUCACCAACAUAAAUCAGGGAGAGGAGACAUCUGGAGGUACUUCAUUUACGGAGCGUCAGUCCAGAGUACAUACCAUGAUUUUCAAUAUCACCAGUAUAGCUCUCGAUGAGGUGAUAGAUCUGGCAGAACUAAGACUUUUCACCUUGGUUGAAAAGGACCGUAAUGCAUACAUAGGUGUGGACAGAAAGGUCUCCGUGUUCGAGGUUAUCCCUGUGAAUGACCAGCCGUAUAAACUUAUUAACUCAAAACAUAUAUACGGACGAAACAGCAACUGGGAGACGUUCGACGUCACUUCCGCUGUAAAACGGUGGGUUGAGGAUAUCAGUUCAGUGCAGAUAUUAGAAAUAAGAAUAGAAAACGUUUUCCACAGUGUUAGUUACGGGGAAAUGGAUAUUGAUGCUCGGCCUAAAACUAGGACGGAACCAUUGUUAGUGGUAUUCUCUAGUGAAUACAGUAAGACUAAACUUCACAUGAAGGAGAGACACGAAAUGGUCACACAUGAAAUGGACUCGUAUGACUUCGUGGGGGACAUGAACGGUACACACUCUAACCAAUCAGAAUCAAAUACACUACAGCAACGUUAUAAACGGAGGGCCCACAAGAAGGGGACAGUGUGCCGACGGCGCCCUCUGUACAUACAGUUCAGUGACAUAGAUUGGGAUAGAUGGAUUAUCGCCCCUCAGGGCUAUCAGGCCUACCAGUGUGUCGGCAAGUGCUAUUUCCCCUUCAGCGACUACUUAUCACCUACAAAGCACUCUAUAAUACAGACCCUCCUCAGCUCUAAAAGUCCUAAAAAGGCCAGUAGAGCGUGUUGUGUACCAACAAAACUGGACCCUAUAUCUAUCCUUUACGUGGACGAACUUGGAAUUGUUACCUUUAAAUACAAAUAUGAUGGAAUGGUAGUAAAGGAGUGUGGUUGCAGGUAACAUCAUCAAACGGUAGUACAGCAAUUUGGCUGCAGGUAACAUCAUCAAACGGUUGUGAUGGAGUGUGGCUGCAGGUAACAGCAUCAAACGGUAGUGAUGGAGUGUGGCCGCAGGUAAAAUCAUCAAACGGUAGUGAUGGAGUGUGGCUGCAGGUAAAAUCAUCAAACGGUAGUGAUGGAGUGUGACUGCAGGUAAAAUAAUCAAACGGUAGUGAUGGAGUGUGGCCGCAGGUAACAUCAUCAAACGGUAGUGAUGGAGUGUGGCCGCAGGUAACAUUACCAAACGGUAGUGAUGGAGUGUGGCUGCAGGUAAAAUCAUCAAACGGUAGUGAUGGAAUGUGGCUGCAGGUA